CCCCCAUUAGGAGAGAGUAAACAGAUCAGGGAGGGAGGCGCGAUAGUACGACGCAAGGCACCAAACCGGUUGGACGUGUGGAACGCUGAUAGCGUAUUGUCGAAUGCGAUGCCGCGUUUGUUUACCGAACUUUUCAAAUUUGAAUUUCGAAUUGAAUGACAUUUUUUUUUAAUGUAUGGCGAUCACGUAGGGAACGGAAGAGUAAAAUGUUAUGCCAUAGUGAAAUAGUAAACAUGUAAAUUGUCGACAGUGUAAGAAUUGAGCUUAAUUCAGUGGCAGUAUGGUGGAUGUUGGUGUCAAUGAGUGUGAUAACACCAUAAAUGGGCGGAACCAAUUUGUGUUUCUUAUAUUUGUGCAUUUGUUACUUAUUGGACUGAAUGGGACAAAUGCACAAAACCGAGCGCCUCGCAUCAAAGAACACCCAUCAAACACAGUAUCGGGACGCAGCGAACCCGCUACCCUGAGAUGUGUUGUGGAAGGUCGUCCAAAGCCUAUAGUACAGUGGUACAAGGAUGGGCUACCACUACCGCCGGCUGAAGACGGUCAUAGGGUAUUAUUGGAAGAUGGUCUGUUGUUUCUGAGAAUAAAUAGGGGAAAAAAAGAGGGCGAUGAAGGAAUAUAUUGGUGCAUGGCACGGAAUAUUGCUGGUGAAGCCAUAAGUCAUAACGCCUCGCUAAACGUUGCCGUACUUCGAGAUGACUUCAGAGCUGAACCCAGUAAUUCAAUAGUGGCUGCAGGUGAACCUGCUAUAUUGGAAUGUUCACCUCCUCGAGGUAUUCCAGAACCUUCAGUGUAUUGGGUUAAAAAUAACCAGAUAUAUGACGUUGAACUUAAUGGCAGGGUAACAGUAACAGAUACAGGAAAUUUGAAAAUUCUUGAAACUUUACCUUCUGAUAAUGGAGUAUAUAGAUGUGUUGCUACAAAUAUUGCAGGAGAAAGACAAUCUAGAAUAGCAGGAUUGAUUGUUUUAAAACGUCCUCACUUCAUUGUUAAACCUAAUAAUAUCACGACAUUGGUAGGACAAACUGUGGAAUUUAAUUGCCAGAGUUACGAUUCAAAUGUAAAAAUAACAUGGGUCAAAGAAGACGGGUCGCUGCCUUCCCAUGCAUCAAUAAUACGAGGCCUAUUACGGCUGGAGCACGUGUCUGCGAGCGAUGCGGGCGUGUAUUCCUGCCGGGCCGAUAGCAAUGCCGGCAGUAGUAUCACUAGCGCCACACUAACCGUUAACUCAUUACCGCACUUCACGCAGAUACCAUCUAAUCUAACCGCAUGGGAGGGUGAUGUGGUAUCAAUUCCAUGUGAAGCUAGAGGUUUACCUACGCCUACAACUUUUUGGAUAUUAGAAGGAAAUCAGGACUCUUUGCUCUUCCCAGAAUGUACGAAAAGUAAUACAAGUUUAUUAUAUCUAGAUGGAGCUAAACCAGAACACAGUGGAAGAGUGAUUUGUACAGCAGUCAAUGCUGCAGGAAGUAUUAUGCAAGAGGCUUAUCUUACUGUUUUGAAAAAGAAUAACAAUGAUUUAAAGGAAUCAUCUUUGGACCAAGAUUCGAGUAUAAUUUAUGAUAAUGAAGCGCGCAUGACGCAAUAUGAGCUUGUUCAAUCGAGAAAGUAUUUGCAACAAAAUGUUUUAGUUAUGAGGAGAGUAGAAGCGUUAUCGUCUACUUCGCUGAAAGUUGUCUGGGAUGUGUUAACUGAUUACAAUGAAUAUUUAGAAGGUGUCAAAAUUUGGUACAAUGGAACUACAUUAAACUGGAAAAAUGUAACUAAUGAAGAAGUCGCAAUUUUAAAUUCGUCUCACUCAGGAGCCAUAGUUUGUUCUAAUGGUUCUCUAACAAAUGUUGAUAAUAGUGGAUCAUCUAGUUAUAUUUUAUCUGGAUUGAUGGCGUACACUCAGUACGAUAUAUUUUUAAUGCCGUUCUACAAAAUGUUGCUUGGAAAGCCUUCUAAUUUAAUGACAGGAUAUACCGACGGGGAUGUACCAUCCGCACCUCCCCAAAGUGUGACAGCAGGCGUAAUUAACGCAACUUCGGCAUGGAUACGUUGGGAACCGCCACCUGCGAAUACAUGGAAUGGGGAACUUACUGGGUACUUGAUCGAGAUCCGAGUGAGUGGCAGUACUGGUGGUCGGGUGGUAGGCCAAAUGUCGUUGGGACCACGUACUCGAGCCGCUGCAGCUAGUUCCCUUCGAUCUGGUGGACGUUAUACCGCUAGAGCUGCUGCUGUGACCAGCAAGGGUCACGGUCCCUUCAGUGCACCUGCACAGAUUCAUAUGCUGCCAACGCAGUCACAGAGACAUUAUGUGCAGACAGAGCCGCCACAAGACGGUAAUAUUCCUCAUAUUUUACAAGAAACAUGGCUAUUAGCGCUGGGUCUGAUAUUAUUUUCUGUCAUCGUGAUUGGAUUAUUCAGUAUUUACUAUAUUAAGCGAAGAAAUGGUAUUCAGAGGAAAAAAUCUAACGGUCAAUCGAUUGUUACGGCGCAACAGUGCUUAUUGAAUAAAGACACGAUAUGGUUACGAGACCGGCCCGUCUUUGCCUCUGCAAAUGACCCCACUUUAGAUGUAACCAGUUGUAACCAGAGUCUUUUGCAUGGUGGUCAAUCGACAAGUAUACUGAGUGUAGAACCAGAGUACAGUCUUCCUCAAAAUUCAAUUCAAGGAUUAGAUGCAUCUAGCGUGGAUAGAAUACGACGUGGUCCGCCCGAGCCAUAUGCGUCCAGUGCUAUUUACACGGAGCUCAAUUUUAAGGACAAUAACGAAAUGGACGUAAGGAAUUGUUCAGAAAGACGAUCCCAUAACAAUAGUAUUGUAAGAUCAUGCAACGGAAGUAUACAGUAUUCUAACGGAGAGUGUUCCACGUGCUGUCACAGUACAUCGAGUAGAUCGACAAAAGAUUACAGGGAGCCAAGACAUGAAAUGGUACAUAAUGAGAUUAACGUUUUAGAAGACGACUGCGUAUCUUGUCAUACCAAUAGAUCAGGCUCCAGGAGUAGACAGGACAAAAGCAAAGUGUGUCCAGCGAAUGAUUUAGAAUACGACUAUCCGCAAUGGCACUGGCUCGGAAGGGAGAACAGUUUCAAAAUUCCCAUGCAGACGAGCAGACAUUCGAAUGUAGCGAGGUCGGAGCAGGGCUGCCAAAUAAAUCUAUGUGAUAUACUGCCGCCGCCGCCGUAUGAGAGUCCAGAAAGUAAGAACAAUUAAGGAAUGAAAUGAUAAGAGACAUAGAAUUUUAGACAAUUUAACAAAACAAAGCAAUAAACAUUUUAACUAUAAGUUACUUAAUAACUAACUUGUUUCACAGUUCUGUUAAUAAUGUCCAGUUUUAGAGUUAAUAAAAUUAAUGUUGUAAGUAGAUAACGUUAUUCUUAAACUGGUCAUGUAAAAUGUAAUCGUUGUAGUUGCAGUUCUAGUGCUUGUAACAGUAGGUACCGAAUUUUCGAAACUUGUAUCUCGUAACUUAUUCCUAUCAAUAUUCUAGUCACACUGUAUAGGACUAGCUUUACAUUUGAUAAACACUAUUUGGUGAAAUACUCCAGAAAUAUAUAUAAAUUUUUCUAUAACAUUGCAUGAACUCAAGGUUGUUUCAAGUUCGACUGUAAAUGUAAUUUUAAUACAGCCCUGCAUUUCACUGCCAUAUACGUUUAGGAUUACUAAAUUUAGUUUCAUAAUCUUUGACUGUGAUAUUUAUAUAAAUUUGUGUAUUAGAAUUAAACGUAAUCCUAGCGUAAAGAACCUCAUUUACACGAAGUGAUUUUUCUUUUUAAUAUGUGAAAACACGUGAAUACUUACUUCUGUAAAUAUUAAUAUAUUAUUAUUACCUUUAGUCUCACUCUGAAUUCAGUUGUGCAACAAAAAAAAAAAUAUUUUAGUCAGAAAAAAUCUACUCGUGUGUAUAGGUCUUAGUAAAUAAUAAGGAAUCUUGUAAAUGUUUCCUAAAAAUUUUAAACACAAAGUACACAUAUUUCAUGAACGAUUUGUAAUCAUAAUUAGAAAUCGAAGUCUGUAAUCGAAAUAUUUUCUGACACACCCGCGUGUUUAUCCAAAACAAAAAUAUAAAGCAUCUUUAUGAUAAACUUGUUUGUUUUAU